CUUCCACUUGAAAAAACGUCUCUCUCUCUCUCUCCCUCCCUCUCCCUCUCCCUCUCCCUCUCAAGCUCGUCUCUCUCAUCUCAACCGCCAUUGCCUCAACGCAAUAACCACGCCCUCUUCUCCAGUUCUGCUCCACACCCAGCUGUACCAAACCCUUCUUCUCGUUCUUCUUCUGUCAAAACCUCUUUCUCUCUCUCCUCUGUCACCUUCGAAAUCCGUCACGUGCCACGCGUACAUCAAUUGUCCAUUGCUAAAAAUUGUCUUUAGACCUUUUUCAGUCCACUCUACCUUUUCGUUUUGUUUCCCUCUCUCCCCCUCCUCCGUUUCACACUUUUCCCCAAACCCUAAAACACUCUCACUCUUCCCCCCUCCUCUCUCUCUCUAAAAUUUCACUCCACAUUAUUGCACUAUACAAUAUUUCCAGCUCUAAAUCUCUGCGUGUUUGUGUGAGAGAUAAUAUACGUACAUUGUGCAUUUUGUUGAAGCUUUUCAAAUUGGGUUGCUCAAUUUUGGAACAACUUUUGUAAAUGAGCCGAUCUGGCCGUUGAUACAUUGCCUCAUGAAAUCGACGGUUUGGGUCGGAUCUGGGGAGCAGCAACAGCGACAGCGCCAUUAGAUGGCGCUGUUCAGGAGGUUCUUCUACCGGAAACCGCCGGACCGUCUUCUCGAGAUCUCGGAGCGGGUCUACGUGUUCGAUUGUUGCUUCUCAACAGAUGUAUUGGAAGAAGAUGAGUACAAAAUUUACAUGAGUGGUGUUAUAGCUCAGCUGCAAGACUACUAUCCCGAAGCAUCUUUCAUGGUUUUUAACUUCAGAGAAGGGGGAAAGAGGAGUCAAAUUUCAGAUAUAUUAUCUCAGUAUGACAUGACAGUCAUGGAUUAUCCUCGGCAAUAUGAAGGGUGUCCUUUGUUACCAUUGGAGAUGAUUCAUCACUUCCUUCGGUCCAGUGAAAGCUGGCUGACAUCGGCAGGGCAGCAGAAUGUGCUUUUGAUGCAUUGUGAGAGGGGAGGAUGGCCAGUGCUUGCAUUUAUGCUUGCUGGUCUUCUGUUAUACAGAAAACAGUACAGUGGUGAGCAGAAGACUCUUGAAAUGAUGUACAAGCAAGCUCCUAGGGUUCUUCUUCAUCUUUUGUCUCCUAUAAAUCCUCAACCCUCGCAGCUGAGAUAUCUUCAGUACAUCUCCAGAUGGAAUUUGGGUUCAGAUUGGCCGCCGGCAGAUACGCCCUUAGUUUUAGAUUGUAUUAUACUUAGAUACCUUCCUGUGUUUGGUGGAGGGAAGGGUUGCCGACCGGUUGUUCGCGUUUAUGGUCAGGACCCUUCUAAUACAGCCACAAGAAGCUCUAAGCUUCUGUUUUCUACUUUAAAGACAAAGAAACGUGGUCGCCUUUACCGACAGGAAGAGUGUAAAAUAGUUAAAAUAGAUAUUCAUCGCCACGUUCAAGGGGAUGUGGUUCUAGAGUGCAUCCAUUUGGAUGAUGAUCUAGUAAGGGAAGAAGUGAUGUUCAGAUUUACGUUUCACACUGCAUUUGUCCAGUCAAAUGUUUUGAUGUUGAACAAUGAAGAAGUGGAUGUUUUGUGGGACGCAAAGGACCAGUUCACUAGGGAGUUCAAAGCAGAGGUACUCUUUUUGGAUGCUGAUGUGUUUCCGUCAACCGUCACCACAGAAGUGGGAACUGAAGAUGGGAGUGAGACAGAAAGUGUCACACCUGAUGAGUUUUUUGAGGUUGAGGAGAUCUUCAGCAAUGCAGUAGAUUCACAGAAUGGGAAGGCGUACUUGGAUUCUCAGGGAGUUCGAUACAAUGAAAGGGAUGAUGAGAAUAACCAAGUAGUUUGGAAGGAGGCGUUGGAACGUCAUGAUUUUCCUGAAUCCACAUCUGAUUUCCAUGGUCGCAAACAAAAUGGGAGUGUGGAUCCUAAUUUUAAGGCAGCCAAGAGCAUUGCAUUACAUGAUACAGAUGAGUUAGGUUCCCCAGUAGCAACCGAAGGUCUGAGUGGCAAUUUAGAAGAGAUGGAGAAUAGAAGAGAUAGGAAUGACUUAUAUUCACAGAAUCACUUAGAACGGCAGGGUUCGCAUCAAAAGUCUAGUGCCCAUGUCAGUAGACAAAAAUCUGACAAGUCCAUUUCAUCUUCCUCAAAGAAGCAGCCAACUUCAAAUGCUAAAUCAGCUGCAGAUUCAACUACCACAAAACAAAAAGUAAAACAGCAAGAGCCUCUGGGAACUCUUGCAAGACAGGCAAAACCAGAUGCAGUAUCUCGGUGGGUUCCUUCUAACAAAGGCUCGUACACUAAUUCAAUGCAUGUAGCGUAUCUACCGUCAUCACGGCAUUACAGCCCACCCCGUGGACUGGCCCUUGCAAAGGAUUCUCAUGCAGGCGGAAAGUCAAAAGCUUCUACUGCUACUCCUGCCUCUUUAGGUCAUGAAGUUGGUUAUAUGAGAAGUGCAAACAGUGAGCCAGUGAAACAUACAUCUGGUCCACCUUUGGGUAGACCACCUCUUCAAGUGACUUCCCCUCUCUCUUCAGCUUUGCCAUCACUUCAUAAAGGCCCAGUUUCAGUUCCCUCUCCUCCUCCUCCUCCGCCUCCCCCACCAUCUUUCAACAAGUCUUCAAAUGUCCGUUCUGCACCCAAUCCUGCAAGAGUUCUGCAAUCAGUAGCAAUACAGGCCUCUCCACCUCCUCCUGCACCCCCUCCACCUCCCUCUUCAAACUUUUCAUUUGAUACUUCUUCCUCUAGAUCUGCUUUGCCACCUGCUCUGGUAAAAACAAAAAGUCUACCCUUUCCUCCACCUUCUCCUCCACCACCGCCUCCACCAUUGGCACAAAAUGCAGUUUUUGUGAUUUCUCCCCUACUGUCUCCUCCUCCACCUCCACAUGGAAGCUUAAGGGCAACUCCUCUAGCAACCACUACCCCUCCUCCUCCUCCUCCUCCUCCCCCUCCAUCAAGCAUGCAGAAUGGUGGUACUCUUUUUCCCCCUCGGCCUCCUCUACCACCUUGGAAAGUUGAGACCUCGGCAACUGCCACUGUGACAGCAUUGGGUUCACCUCCUCCUUCCCCCACACCCACACCCCCACCUUUUCCUGCUUUUAGAGCAUCUGCUACUUCUAAACCUGCUGGGGUUGAAGUUUCUGUUCCAUCUCGCUCGCCAAAUCCACCUGCUAGUUGUGGUUCUCCACCUCCCUCUUCACCUUUUCCCGUGCAUGGAGUUAUGUCUCCUCCUCCUCCACCACCACCACCACCUCCUGGUCACGGUGCUCCACCACCCUUGCCCCCUCCACGUGUUGCACCACCACCACCUCCUCCACCACCUUUCAGUAGAGCACCACCUCUGCCUUCUAUUAAGAUUGGAGGUCAUCCUUUGCCACCUCCCCCGCUGCAUGGAGCACCACCUCCACCAUCUCCCUCGCUCAUUGGAGCACCUCCUCCACCUCCUCCUCCUGGUUCCCAUGCACCAGGCCCCCCUGCACCACCUGCCCCAGCAAAACCUCCAGGUGCUGCACCUCCCCCACCUUCAGCUUUUGGCUCCAAUGGACCACCAUCAUGUGGUGCACCUCCUCCACCUCCCGGCAGAGGGCGUGGGCUUUCACAUCCUGCAAUUCUUGCUUCAGCUCCGCGAAGAUCUACCAUGAAGCCAUUGCAUUGGAGCAAGGUUACCAGGGCAUUGCAAGGAAGCUUAUGGGAAGAAUUGCAAAGACAUGGAGAGCCACAAAUUGCAUCAGAAUUUGAUGUGUCAGAGCUGGAGACUCUUUUCGCUGCCACAGUCCCAAAGUUGAACUCAGGAGAUAAAUCUGGAGACCGGCGGAAGUCUGUUGGAUCUAAAUCUGACAAAGUCAACCUGGUUGAUCUCAGGAGGGCCAAUAACACUGAAAUUAUGCUCACAAAAGUUAAGAUGCCGCUUCCUGACAUGAUGGCUGCAGCACUUGCGAUGGAUGAGUCAAUUUUAGAUGUUGAUCAAGUGGAAAAUCUUAUAAAAUUUUGUCCUACUAAAGAGGAAAUGGAACUUCUUAAGGGUUACUCUGGUGACAAGGAGAACCUGGGAAAAUGUGAACAGUUCUUGUUGGAGCUGAUGAAGGUGCCUAGGGUGGAGUCUAAACUAAGAGUGUUUCUUUUCAAGAUUCAGUUUAAUACUCAGAUUACAGAAUUUAAGAAGAGUUUGAACUCGGUGAACUCUGCAUGUGAAGAGGUUCGAAAUUCCCUCAAACUGAAGGACAUCAUGAAGAAAAUCUUAUAUUUGGGGAAUACAUUGAAUCAAGGAACUGCAAGAGGUUCUGCAAUUGGAUUUAAGAUGGACAGUCUUUUAAAACUCACUGAUACACGUGCUUCCAACAGCAAGAUGACACUGAUGCAUUAUCUUUGCAAGGUUCUUGCCUCUAAAUCACCAUCUCUUUUGGACUUUCAUGAGGAUCUUAUUAGCCUUGAAGCUGCAUCAAAGAUUCAGUUGAAGUCAUUAGCAGAAGAAAUGCAAUCUAUUAUCAAAGGUCUAGAAAAGGUAAAGCUCGAGCUGGUCGCAUCGGAAAAUGAUGGCCCUGUAUCUGAAGUUUUUCAUAAGACGUUGAAGGAGUUCAUUGAUAUUGCUGAGACAGAGGUGGCAUCUGUAACAAAUAUGUACUCCGUGGUGGGUAGAAAUGCAGAUGCACUAGCCCUCUAUUUUGGCGAGGACCCAACCCGUUGCCCAUUUGAACAAGUUACUCUGACCCUCUUAAACUUUGUGAGGUUGUUCCGAAAAGCACAUGAAGAGAACUGUAAACAGGCUGAAUUGGAGAAGAAGAAAGUCCAGAACGAGGUUGAAAUGGAGAGUCAGAAGGGGAUGAAUCUAUCGAAGAAAAGUGGUAAAUAGUUGAGACUGUCUGCUUCAGUCCUAGGUGUGGGAUUCUGGUUCUUCCAUUGAACAUCUUGGACCUUGAACUGUGUCCAAGAAUGCUUCUUCAAAAGAAUGCUAAGGAGCAUCCCUCCCUCCAGCAUUUGGUGAUUGUGUUCCCUUCAAGCAGAUUCAAGAAAAUUAAGGGAAAAGGCUCCUACCUGCAGCUUGCGGAACUUAGGUCUGUGUUUGGAUCCUGGAUUUGUGAAGGUUAGAAUUCUCGCGGUUAAAGAAAAGAUGAAGGAAAGUAACAAAAAUAACGAAGUGAAAUUUUGUCCUUGUCACUUUCAUUGCUCUUGAUGAAGUACAUGAUCCAAACACCGCCCAACCUCUCUUUGCAAAUGUCAGCUGCACCUGCUGGAUCGAUCGCCAUUUUGGCACUCGAAUGUUUGCAGCUGAUCUAUCUCUCACACGAGAUAUCACAUGAUACACCAGAUUUUCACACAAUUGCUCAGUGUUUAUUGCCACUCUGAAUAGAAGGUGGUCUUUCAUAUGAUGCAUCUGUGGAACAGACCUUUUCUUGGUUCGUAUAUAGAAGAGGAUUUGGCAACAUUGGGCAUCCUCCAAUUAAAUGGGCACAGAAUGGCUUUCAACAUUCAAGGGCCUCUUCGCCGCCAGCGUGAUUGCCUUCGGAACUGUAAAGCAUAACCCCAUAGUAUCACUGACAUGUACACUGAUCUAACCUUUUAUUAACAUUCAAAUUCGAUGAUUUUCAUCCUAACUAGAAGUAGGAUCCUUUUGUAUCCUCUCAUCGAAUUCAAAAAGGAAUUGUUGUAUAGAGUGAUAGGAUAAGAAGAGGAAGUAAGAAUUGUUGUAUAGGGUGAUAGGACAAGAAGAGGAAGUAAUAGGAAGUACGAGACAGGUUGUCUCUAGUGCAAUUGUACCAUAACCACUGCUCAGACCCUUGUUUCCUGUCUCUUGUGCAAUUGUAGCAUAACCAUAAUACACACGGUUGGCUUAGCAACAGCUUGUUUAUUGCAUUGACUCUUCUUUAGUAAAUUAUUCUCGUUUGUAUGACA